ACGUGGGGCCGCGCGGGGCGGAGCGGGCGGGGGCGAUGGGGGAGUUCGAGGUGCACCGGGUGCGGUUCUUCGGGCUGGUACCGGCCGGCGUGCGCUGCCUGGCCUGGCAGCCCCGCGGGGCCCGCCUGGCCCUGGCCCGCACCGAUGGCGCCCUCGAGAUCUACAAUUUCGCCGCCAACUACUUCCAGGAGAAGGUGAUCCCCGGGCACGCGGCGCGGUCGGUGGAAGCGCUGUGCUGGGCGGCGGGAGAGCGGCUCUUCGGGGCCGGCCUGGGCGGCGCCGUCACCGAGUACGACCUGUCCCGCCUCUGCGUGGCCGGCUCCGUCGACGGCGGCGGGGGACCCAUCUGGAGCAUGGCGGCCAACAGCACCGGCAGCCAGCUGGCGAUCGGCUGCGAGGACGGCUCCGUUAAGCUCUUCCAAGUCGUUCCCGGGGGGAUCCAGUUUGAGCGCAACCUGGACAGGCGGAAAGGCCGCAUCCUCUGCCUGUCCUGGCACCCGGCGGACACUCACAUCGCCGCCGGCUCCGUCGACAUCCUCCGCGUCCUCCACGUCUCUUCAGGCCAGACCCUGCAGAGGAUCAUGGUGAACUACCAGGUGCAGAAGGUGAGGCGGGAGUGCAUCGUCUGGAGCGUCGCCUUCCUCUCCAGCGGCACCGUCGUCACCUGCGACUCCUUUGGGAGGGUGCAGUUCUGGGACUGGGAGCGGGGGACACUGGUGGAGUCCCACACUGUCAGCACCUCUGCAGUCCUCUCGCUGGCUGUCUCGGAGAAGGAGGACAGCAUCGUCGUGGGCACCUCCACUGGGGCCACCUACCAGUUCCAGCUGCUGCCAGUGAAGAUGGGCAGCCUGGAGAAGCGCUGGGUGCGGACGAAGCCCUUCCAGCAUCACACCCACGACGUGCGAGCCGUGGCCCACAGCUCCACAGCUCUCAUCUCCGGGGGCCUGGAUGCCCAACUGGUGAUCCGCCCACUGAUGGAGAAGAUGCAGAAGAAGGGCUACGACGCUGUGCUCCGCAAAUUCACCUUCCCCCAUCGACGCCUUGUCUCCUGUGCCAGGAAGGCCCGUCUGCUCCUCUUCCAGUUCUCCCAGCACCUGGAGCUCUGGAGACUCGGCUCCACUGACGAGACCGGAAAGGAUGGGGAGGUCCUUCCCUUGUGCCGCAUGCCGGAGCACCUUGUGCAGCUCAAGAGCAAGGGCCCGGAGCACAUCUACUGCAGCUGCAUCUCGCCCUGCGGGGGCUGGGUCGCCCACUGCACCGCCUCCCGCUUCCACCUCUAUCGGCUGCACUACGAGGGGGACAGCGAGGGGGACAGUGUCAGCAUCAAGAAGGUCCCGAAAGUCCCCAAGCUGCUGCUCCCAGCCUACCAGCUCCAGUUCUCUGCCGACUCCAGCAGCCUCUUCGUUGCCUCUGCUCGAGGCUCUGUCCACGUCCUCCAGCUGCUGGAGCCCGGGGGAUGCAAACACCUGCACACGUUUCGGCCGCCCUCAGGGUCCCCUGAGGCUGUUUACCUGCUGGCAGCUAGCGCGGACGGGCACUGGCUGGCUGCUGUCGGUGGGGACUGGGCCAUCCACAUCUACAACCUGAAAUGCUUCAAGCAUCACUGCACGGUGCCCACCUACAGCUGCGCCGUGACGGCCCUCGCCAUCCACCCCCUCACCAACAACCUCGUCAUCGCCUACUCUGACCAGCAGCUGUUCGAGUUCAGCAUUCCCGAGAAGCAGUACACGGCCUGGAGCCGCACCGUGCAGAACGGGGGGCUGCACCGGGCCUGGUUGGAGAGGGACACGCCCAUCACCCACAUCGCCUUCAACCCCAAGAACCCCUCGCACAUCCUGCUCCACGACAUCUACAUGUUCUGCCUCCUCGACAAGUCCCUGCCCUUGCCGGACAACAGUGCCCUUCUGAUGAACCAGAGCACCCUGAAGCAGCUCCCAGAGACAGCCCGGCAGCGGCAGCUCCACGCCUUCAAGAUCUGCAAGAAGUUCCAGCCCCUGCUCUUCGCCGACAUGCUGGACGAGAACUGCCUGGUGAUGGUGGAGCGGCCCAUCAUGGACAUCAAGACCCAGCUGCCGCUGCCCGUCCAACAGAAGAAAUUUGGCACCUGAGAGCAGAACAAGCUGCUCCGCCUGCAGAAACUGUCGGUGUGGCUUCUCCAGGGUGGAAUAAACCCUGCUUUUCUGUA